GGCAGGGCCGGAGCGUCCGAGCUGUGCAUUCCCAGACCCCCCGAACCCUUUGGGACAGCAGGAGCGGGGUGCUCCAGGGUGACCCCCGACACUGAGGGGUCCUGAGGGGGGUCCCAGACCCUGCGGCCGGGCCGGAGCACGCCCGGCUUGGCGGAUCCCCAGGACGAGCUCUUUCCAAAGCGGGAGCAGCGAGGGACAUGCCAGGAGCUUUACACACAACUUGGAACAGCCCCGGGGUGCGCGGUGCCAUGGCCGCGGCCGAGCCGCCCGAGCCGCCCGAGCUGACCGAGCUGGAGGCGGCCAUCGAGCGCAUCGUCACCGUGUUCGUCACCUUCGCCGCCAAGGAGGGCAGGAAGGGGACGCUGACGGCCGGGGAGUUCAAGGAGCUGGUGAGGCUCCAGCUGCCCAACCUGAUGAAGGACGUUCCCUCUCUGGAGGAGAAGAUGAGCGAGCUGGACGUGAACAACGACGAGGAGCUGAGGUUCGGCGAGUACUGGCGGCUGAUCGGGGAGCUGGCCAAGGCCCUGCGCCGCGACCGAGCGGGGACCAAGUGACGCGGC